UUCCGUGCACACAAUAAAGAUGGAAGAGGAAGGGGGAGGGGGGAAGAGGGCGACGGUUUCUAGUUAACAGCGUGUGCGAAUAGCGAUCUCACCACCUUUUUUUUCGUAUCUCGUAGAUUUCAAUUUCAUUAUCGUUUGCCCCCUGAGACUCAGAGAGAGAGAGAGAGGAGUGAGGAACCCGAGACGGAAGAGGAAGAGGAAGAGGAAUAGGAAUAGGAAGAGGCCGGUGGGAAGUGGGAGUUUUGGUUGUUGGUUGGUUCAGUAAGAGUGAGUGCUGCUGGUGUUGGUUCGUGAUAUCUUUCAUGGUGGGAGAGGUGGAGAAGAGAGGAAUGCGACUGGGGAAGUACGAGCUCGGAAGAACUCUUGGAGAGGGGAAUUUCGCGAAGGUCAAAUACGCCUGUCAUCUCGACUCCGGCCUGGAAUUUGCCAUUAAAAUCUUCGAUAAAAAGAAGAUGCUCGAUCUCAAAAUCAGCGAUCAGAUAAAGAGAGAAAUCGGCACCCUCAAACUCCUGAAACACCCGAACGUGGUUAGAUUGCAUGAGGUUUUGGCAAGCAAGACGAAGAUUUACAUGGUCCUUGAGUAUGUGAAUGGUGGUGAAUUAUUUGACAGAAUUGCAUCAAAAGGGAGGCUUGGAGAAGCUGAAGGCAGAAGACUCUUCCAACAGUUAAUUGAUGGUGUGAGCUACUGCCAUGACAAAGGUGUUUUCCACAGGGAUUUGAAGCCUGAAAACGUUCUUGUUGAUGCGAAAGGAAACAUAAAGAUAUCUGAUUUUGGUCUCAGUGCUUUACCUCAGCAUUUUAGGGAUGAUGGGUUACUGCAUACAACAUGUGGGAGUCCUAACUAUGUCGCCCCAGAGGUUCUCACCAACAGAGGUUACGACGGUGCUAUGUCUGAUCUUUGGUCAUGUGGGGUUAUAUUGUUUGUGAUUCUUACGGGAUACCUUCCUUUUGAUGAUCGAAACCUUGCUGUUCUUUACCAGAAGAUAUUCAAGGGAGAUGUUCAGAUGCCCGAAUGGCUCUCUCCAAGAGCUAAAAACUUGAUAAAGAGGAUGCUCGACCCUAAUCCACAGACUCGGGUCUCCAUGGCAGAGAUAAAAUCCGAUGAGUGGUUCAAUCAAGAUUACGUGCCUACUAAUCCUUAUGAUGAGGAGGAAAACAUCUUCAUUGAUGCAGAAGCUUUCUCUAUGCAAGGGGUGACAGUGGAGACAGAGAAAGACCCUGGUUCACCCACUCUAAUCAAUGCUUUUCAGCUAAUUGGAAUGUCAUCUUGUCUGGAUCUCUCUGGCUUCUUCGAGAAAGAGGAGGCCUCUGAGAGAAAGAUCAGGUUCACAUCUAAUCAUUCACCAAAACAAUUACUUGAGAAGAUUGAAGACAUCGUCACAGAAAUGGGACUUCGAGUCCAGAAAAGAAAUGGAAAGCUGAAGGUGAUGCAGGAGAACAAAGGUCAUAAGAGACCCGGUAGCCUUUCAGUGGCGGCAGAGGUGUUUGAGAUAAGCAAAUCUUUAUAUGUUGUGGAAUUGAGAAAAGCAUAUGGGGAUCCUUUGUUGUACAGACAGUUGUGUUCAAAGCUUUCGAAUGAGCUAGGCGUAAGAGAAGAGAUUUUGGCUGCACAAGUGUGAAUGCCAGAGUUCUUUAGCUUAGGUCUUUUUAGGUUCAGGUCUGAAAUUGUAAAUUUUUCUUUUCUGCCAGAGGAAUAUUUUUAGGACAUUAUUAUUCAAAAUAAAGGGAAAGGUUUUGUGCACGGAUGUGCAUGAUUUACCAUCAUUCAACCGUUGGAUGGAUGAAGGGCCAUGUAUCUUACACGGUCGUGUCCAUCCAAUGGUUUAGUGCAUGACCAUGCACAUAACCUUUUGCCUAAGAAUAAUUACCUUUUCUGUUAUUUGAUUUUUUUUUCUUAAUUUCUACUGUACAUAAAAUGAUUGUGCAUAAAGUAAAUAUAAAUCUUAUAGCCACUCUUACAUA